AUGGCUGCAGUCUCGCAUCCGCGGCAGUCCAGCGUCGAUCUUGACUCGCCCGAUCGUCCAUUCGACAACAUCAUCAACUUCCGGGAUGUUGGCCGCUCGAUUAAUCGGCUGCUGGAUGAUGCAUCCGAACGGGACAAGCGCCGUCUCACGGACGAACUGCACAUCUCUACUGUGAUCGAUCUGCGAUCGAGCACCGAACACCAAAUGGCAACGACCAAACGCCGAGCUGAGCUGGGUGAUGAGGACCCGGCCGCGUCCUCUGCCUCGGCGGACCAGCAUCUGGUCGAUCUUCCCGGCGUGCGUCGCGAACUGAUUAGUCUGACGGGGAAAGCGUUCGAACGGACGCUCCUGUGGAAGUUGGACUGGUGGCAUUUCAUGUACUCCCCCCUGAAUGCAUUAUUUGGAAAGGUGCUGGCCCUAGCGGCGUCAGGCUACCGACCCGACGCGGUGCUCAUCGUCGGCGAGCAGGUGAUGUCGCCGCGCGGAUUGAUCGGACUCGGUCAGGAUACGCUGGAUAGCAGCACCGCGGAGAUGCGGGCGAUAUUCGACCUGUUCGCUGCGGGGCCCGAGCAUGAGAACGGACUCGACCAGGAGGAAGAAGAGGAUGAAGACGAGAAGGAUGGGACGACCCGCGACGGGGAUCGACCAUCCACGUACCCGAUCCUGGUGCACUGCACGCAAGGCAAGGAUCGUACGGGGCUCGUGAUCCUCCUGCUGCUGCUGUUGGCGGCGCGCGUGGCCGAGGACGCCAUGCGCGAGGACUACGUGCGGUCGGAGCCCGAGCUGCUCGUCGAGGUCGAGGAGCGCAUGAAGGAGAUCCGCCUGCUGGGGCUGUCCGAGGACUACACCAAGUGCCCGGACGGCUUUACGACGGAGAUCCGGCGCCAUCUGGAUGAGAAGUAUGGUGGCGUCGAGGGCUACCUGCGCUAUGUGGGUGUGGAUGAGGAGAAGCUGGAGCGAAUCCGACGGACGUUGCUCGCAUAG